UCACUUCAAUUCUCUUCACAAAUUCACAAUCAAGUCCUCAAAUACCUCUUUCUCUCUCUUAUUUUCUCUCUCUGUCUAGCGUUUUCACAAUGGCACCAAAAGCCGAGAAGAAGCCCGCCGAGAAGAAGCCAGCAGCUGAGAAGGCACCAGCAGCAGCAGCAGCAGCGGAGAAGAAGCCAAAGGCAGGGAAGAAGCUUCCCAAGGACGGUGCUGGAGCAGCUGCAGGAGACAAGAAGAAGAAGAGGGUGAAGAAGUCAGUUGAAACCUACAAGAUUUACAUUUUCAAGGUGUUGAAACAGGUUCAUCCUGAUAUCGGUAUCUCCAGUAAGGCUAUGGGGAUCAUGAACAGCUUUAUUAAUGACAUUUUUGAGAAGUUGGCUCAGGAAUCUUCUAGAUUGGCCCGUUACAACAAGAAGCCUACUAUCACUUCUCGGGAGAUUCAGACUGCUGUGAGACUUGUGCUUCCUGGUGAAUUGGCUAAGCAUGCUGUUUCUGAGGGUACCAAGGCUGUUACUAAAUUUACUAGCUCUUAAUCAAUUUUAGGGUUUGUGUUUUGAUUAGGGUUUGUAGAUGUAAAGAAUUGUCCAAUUAGGGUUUCAUUUGAAAUUAUAUGGUAUGUAAUGGACAGCUAUUUCAUAAAUUAAGAAUUUUCAGUUUUCUCUGUUAAA